AUGGAACAGCGGAUGCAUACCGGCGGUGUGGAUUCUGAUGCCGGAAUCUCAAGCUCUGAAUCAUCACUUUUUCCUGGCGGUAGGUUGCCUGCAGUUUGGUUUGGUGAUGACACGGACGAUGGCAGCCUUUCUUCUUUUGACACAAGUGGGAAGGCCUCCGACGGCAGAGAUUUCAAGAGCACACGUGACAGUGGCUCGGAAUCGCCUGCUGUUUCCAAGGAUGAACUGGAGCACUCACAGGAGGUUGGCUCUCCGACUUUGAGUCCGUUCGCUCCACGUUACCAUCUGGGAGAGGCUUACGAGGUCCACGGUUCGGCUGGCUUCAUCCUUCAUCAGAUAGGACACUGCUUUCCGUGCCUCUACCACACACAAAUGGGAGAUGGAUGCCGUAGAGGUGACGCCUGUGACCACUGCCAUCUCUGCACCAGGGGUGAAGCCAGGACGCGACGAAAUCGAAUUCAUCUCGAGGCGCAGAAGAGGGCCAAUGCCAAGAGGCGAGCUUUAGCCAGGGCAGAGGCAACUCGUGAGUCAAAGGGCUCCGAUAGCUAG